AUGGCACAAGAACCCACAAUCGUCCUAGAGACACACAUCUACUCGAACCCACCCUCCUCCCUCUCGCCAGGCUGGACCCGAAGCUUCCACCUCCGCCUCUCCCCCCAAACCGCCACGAAAUCCCAACUCCUCUCCCUCGUCCGCGCCUCCGUCACCCGCCUAGGCCGCGCAGACCCCAUCGUCGAGGCGCAGAUCACGCUCUACUGGACCUCCCGCACCGGCCGCGUCGUAUCGAUUCCCGGCGACGGAAGCAGUGGUCCCAGCGGCGGCAGCAUGGCCACGGUCACGAUGCCCGUGUGGCAGCAGCAGCAGCCUCCUCUCCACCUAAUGACCUUCAACGUCGGAUUCCCCGCGCUCGUCCAGCCUCCUCAGCCGCUGCCGCAGUCGCUGCUGCUGCCGCCGACGAUGAUGGAUCCGCCGAUGCCCAUGGCCAUGACAUACUCCAACGGCGUCAACUACCUCCACUCCUACGGCAACCCUGCCACGCAGCAGCAGCCUAUAAUUCUUCCCCCCCAGCAGCCUGCGUAUCCGGCCAUCGUCCCCGCCGGACAGCAGACUUGGAUCACGGGAGGCGGUCCGCCCCAACUAACCUUUGUCAACGUCAAUGUUCCCACUUGUGGAACUGGUGGUUGUGCCGGUGGUGAUGGUGGCAAACCCGUGAUCUCAGACGUCAUAAGAGAAGCCCGGCUCGACACCAUCGCCGAGGCCGCGCUAGGCGGUAUGUUGGAGUGGGCUUGCGGACCUACGGGGCUCAAGUUGAUUGUCGUGGUUGACGUCGAUGGGAGGGACGUUGUUCCCGUUGUUGUUUCUGCUGCUCCUGUUGCGGCUGCGGCUGCGACUGCGGCUGUCGCCGAGACUCCUCCUAUCCCUGUGGCAGCUUCUCCUUCUUCUUCCCCUGCGGCUACUACACCCGCCGCUCCGGCUUCGCCUGCCUCUGCGCCGGCCUCGCCUGACCCUGCUACACCUCCUCCUCCGGCGACUUCCUGAAGAUGAAGAACUGGUUGUUGGGCUUUCACACAUUGAGACUUGGUCAAGGUGGAAAAUGAAGAUAGAUGAAAGCAUGGAAUAGAAAGGACUCGUUUCCAAGUAUGAAGCAGAAAUUAAUCCAUAACGAACCCAUAUUGAUCCCCGGGAGGAAGGAAGUGUGGUUGUCAAAGAAGAUUUGUACCUCAAGUAGCAGAACUCCGUAAGCUACGAGGUAGACAAAGACUAACUGAAAAGAUAUAACCCAGUGGUUCAAAAGCCGGUCAUAUCAAAUCGAGUGAAAGAGGCAAACAAAUAGAGGGUUUGGGAAGGUACCCGGCGCCGACUCUUCGUCGACAUUGGCAUCUCCUGCUCAUGUUGAUGUAGGAAGAUCGGAUUCCUGAGCUGGCGAGCAAGCUUCCUCACCAA